UUUGAUUAUUAUUAUUGUUGUUAAAAAGGAACAACAACAAAACAAAAAAGUGUAGAUAAAGUGCGCUGUUUAAAGUGUCAAGUCUUGAGGAAAAGCGCAGGAGUUUCCAUUAAACAAAUCGAGAGUGUUUUCCCGUUUUUGUUGUGGUGCUUCAUUUUUUUAUUGAGGAAAAACCCAGGAGGGAAAUCCAGAAGGGCAAGCGGAAAUGCUACAUAAUUGGUGAGAAACCCAUUUGAAUGGGACUCCUCCGCCGGCUAUGAUGAGCUUCACCAUUAGCCUGGCGCUGCUGUUGCUGGCGGUAGUGGUUAUGUGCCUGCUCUUCGCCUGCCACUGCCUGGGUCCAAGGGCAGCCAACUGGAUGCGGAUGAGGUCCAGCAAGGAGGAGAAGAUCGGAUUAUCCAAUCACAAGCACAAGCUCUUCCAUGCCAAUGGCUAUAUGGCAAGUAUCCAAUCCGGCUCCGAGUUCCUGCUGAGCACCAGCGGCAGCUUCAAGCGCUUUGAUACCAUCGAUAAGGACGACUAUAAUCGCUCCCAGCAAACGCAAUUGCUUCUGAUUAACGGCAGCGGCACCAUGUCCAUAGCACCGGGCUCCUCCUCCAGCACCACUGUGGUGGAAGCCACCACACCAAUGUGGAAUCUACCGCUGGCAGAUGGUGGCAUACCACCACAACCCCUGCGUCCAGCACCGGCACCAGUUUCAAUCUCCACACCCAAUAGCGCUGGACCCACCAGCAAAACGGUGUCCUUCUCCUUUAGUCAGGUGAACGAGGUGGGAAGUGCUUCGACGCCUUCCGUCGGGGAGCAGGAACGACGCUCCUGUCUAAGGCAAAAUGGUGGAGCAGUUGGUGUCCUGCCCCAACCACUGGAGGCUCCUCCACCACCGCGACUCACCACAUCGGCGUCGGUGAACCUAUCGGCCACGGCUAUACCAAGACCAACGGCCAAGCGACAGGUGUCCCUGCAGCAGGGCAUCAAUGGAGGUCAACAGGUGGCAGGUGCCACUGUUCCUGUUCCUGCUUCCGCUCCUGCACUAGCCGAGGAAGUGGAGAGGAAAACUCCGGCUCUCAAGCGCAGAAACUCCAGCACCAAUCCUUUCCUGUGCGAAUCCACAGAACAGAUGCCAAAUACUCACACAGAGGAUCCUCCUGUAUCCACUUGCUCUGCAACGAUCUCUGCUGCUUCGACUGCUGCUGCUGUUGCUCCUCAGGAAACGGAACCUGUCCAAGUUCAGGCACCUUCCUUGGACAGUAGCUCGCAUCAUCAUAAUGGCAAUCCCUUUGUGGAGUCCCAAAGCCUCUCCAGUCGCCUGAUGAAGCUUCACAAUACCACAAAUCCCUUCACAGGACUUUCGCAACGGGUCAAGGGUCCUCAUCUGCUGCAAAAGACCAUCUCCGAGGAUUAUCUCUUCCGCAAACUGGGCGUCAGCAAUCCCAUGGCCAAUGGACAUGUCAAUGGUAAUGGCAAUGGGAAUGGUAACGGAAAUGGCAAUGGAACCUGGUCCUUUGGACGCUCCCUGCUGCGUCAGGAUUCAACGCUGAGCCUGGGCAUGGGCCUGGGCAGACGCAAUAGCUCUCAGAUAUCAUUGGAUUCGGGUUCGGGUUCAGUGAGUGGUUCCCUGGAGGGAAUUAAUCUGGAGAGGGCCAUCUCCUGCGAUUCGGUGACCUCGGAUUCGACGCUCUUCCUGGAUCAAUUGGAUCAACCCUAUACACAGAUAACCGGAUAUCUAUGCGUUGGCCUCAACUAUGAUAAGAACAGCAUAAGCAACGAGGGCAUGGAACUCCAAGUGAGUGUCCUGGAGGCCAAGGGCCUCAUAUGUCCCUUUAGUGUGGAAUCACUGGACACCUUUGUGCGGAUUUACCUGGUACCCGAUCAUCCUGGUGCCAUGCAAACCAAGGUGGUCAAUGCUGCAUUGACGCCCUGCUACAAUGAGAGCUUCAACUUUUGGCUACAGAAGCGUCAGGCAAGGCACUCCCUUUGGUUCCAUCUUUACCACAAUGGACCCGCCCACACUUUGAUUGGAGAGGCGGAAAUGGAAAUUGGUGAAAUGCCGCGACCAAUUACCACCUGGAUACCGCUUUCGGAUUCCCGGAAAUGCAAUGCCCGUUGGGGUGAGCUAAUGUUCUCCCUGAGCUAUCUGCCCACAGCGGAAAGACUCACCAUUGUGGUGGUCAAGGCGAGGAAUCUCAAGCUGGAUGCGGAGCAGGCACCAGACACGGUGCAGAGUGUUUUUGUGAAGGUCUACCUGAUGGAUAAUGAUCGCAAAGUCCUGAAGAAGCGCACCUCGUUGAAGCGCAAGGAUCGGAGUCCCAUCUUCAAUGAAUCUAUGAUAUUCAGUGUGCCGCCACCAAGUCUGACUACAACUCAGCUGCGGCUCACUGUGUUUGGGGUGACCAGCAAUGGUGGUGGUGGAGGUGGAGGUGGAGGUGCCCCUGUUCCCCUUGGUCAUGUCGUUGCUGGUAGUUGUGCUGUGGGCAAGGGUUUAAGGCAUUGGCAUCAGAUGCUCUCCUCUCUAAGGAAACCGGUGGCCAUGUGGCAUGUCCUGCGGCGGGCAGUCAAUCAACCAGUGUUUACGGGCGGUGCCGAGGCGGUGGUGGCUGCCAUGCAAAACACACUGCAGCGGUCCAGUGCCAAGAGGAAUAGCAUUGUCUAGAAGGGGAGUGGCUUUAGGGAUGCAGCGGCUUCCUCUGAUCGUGGGACAAAAAUUUUCCGCCUCACCGCAGACACUCAAUUUAAUGCAUUUUAGUUCGAAAAAAAAAACCAAAGAAAAAACUCAGAUAGAAACCCCUUUCGGUAAAGGAGGACGAGGAGAAGUCAGGAGACAGUGACAGAUCCUUGUGGAAAAUCGCAUUUACCACGCCCGUUUUACUCUUGCCAUGAGAAUUUCUUACUUUUCUACUGCUUCCCCUGAACCAGAAGUAUUAUUAUAUAGAGAGAAAAACAAAAAACAAAACCCCGCACCAAAGGACAAAAUGAGCCUAUUAACUAGUUAUAUAUAAUAUAUACUUAUAUAUACAUCUAUUAAUAUUGUCGCGCACUAAUUGUUAUGUAAUGGAUUUUAUUGUAACGAGCAUAUGGACUCGUAUCUGUAUCUGAUGGAUUGAAGUUGAGCACUUGUUGUUGAGAUUUGUCGUUGCCAUAAGGCAAGCGAAGUAAUUGUAAAACUCUCCCUCUCGCUUUAUGGGGGUUUCUUUAUUAAUUUGUAUGAAUUGUGAUCAGGAAUAUAUCUUCCCAGGGAGUCCUUAUUCCAAGGAUUGUUGUAAGAGUAGAAACAACUUAGUUUUUACUACAAGUUUUUGACUUUUUAGCAUGCCAAUUAUUGAUUUUAUCUCUUU